AUGGCGGAAAAGAUGGCGGCAGAUUUGAGUCCAACUGACAACGAUGCUUUGGAAGCGCUGUUACAGGUUAGCUCUUUGAGAACAGAUACGUUUUGAUUUUAUAUUCACAUUCUUGACUUAGCAGUAGUUUCAGAUCUUGCAGAAAAUUGUGUUAAUGCUCGUUUCUGCACAAAGACAAGAGAAGAAACUAAAUAAACUUACAUGGCAACGUGCUUAGCAACAAACAUGGGUUACAGUGCUAUCAUAUCUCAUACAUUGAAUAUAAUGAACUCUUGAGAGUCAAUUUUUACACGUUUGAAAUAAGGCCAAACAUUAUCAUCAAUUUCAAACGCAAAUCAAAUUGAUUUUUCCCAAUCCUGCUUGCAGUAGACAAAGCUAUUGAGUUUGAACAUAGUUAAUGUCCUAACAGACUUAAGCCUACCAGUAAAGCAUAACACAAGGCCGUUAGUUAAGUGUCUGUUAAUAUGACAGACAUUCACUUGAACAAUGACGGCAGAAUCAUCCAUGUUAGGCUUGUAAUACAUCUGUAAAUCCAGUUUGCAUAAUUAGUGCCUCAAUAUCUACUCAUACACUUCUGUGGGAGAUGUGAUACAGCUAAAACCAUGCCCAACGGCAUUCAAUAGCUAUAAUUUCAGCUGAUGCUGUCAUGAAAAACUGGGAGAAAAUGAUUGCCAGUUUGCUGUAGAAAUUAAUGUAUAUUUAGUUGUUGAAAUACCUUCAUUGAAAGCUCUGCCUACAAGAUGGACCCUGCACCUACAUGCAUGCUACCAUAGCUUUGGCCAGUUUCUGUAAUAUGAUACCACCAGGCCUGGUUAUUUGAAGAUUGGAUAACUGGAUAAAGGGAUAUGACAUUUUCCUUAGUACCCAGUCGCUUUAAUAAGCACCCUCCCCCAAAUAAUGCCCAUCCCCAAGGCCAUGAUGUCAAACAAAUGCCCCCUCUCCCCUCGCUCUCUUAAAUAGCAGUGAUACACGAAAAACCUGUUUCUAUUGCCACUUAAUUUAUAACUUUUUAAGCUUCAGUUAAAGUGGGAUCAGUAAAGGAGAAUAACAAGGAUCCCUCUUGAUUAAGCACCCCCUUCAAUAAGCACCCCCCCUCCCUUGAAUUUUGAAUAAGUAUCCAGGCACAUAUGUGUGGAAGUACAGUAAAUCACUAUCACUAUAAUUUUUUUUUAAUGCUGUUUAAUAAAUAUUAUUUACUUAUGAAAGUACAUUAUAACUGUCUGUUUAAUAUAUAAAUAUGCUAGAAAGAAAAGGUGCAUUUUAUUGUGUCAUUGUUUCCAUAAAUGGUUCUGUUCAAAUGAAUAAAGGGGGUAAGUUUCUAGAGAAACUGUGUUGCUGCGUCAGUAGGAGAGUAUAUCAGGGUAAUUUAGUGUUAUCAACUGCAUUGAAAAUGUAAAUUGACUGUUGUAAAAUGUUUAAAGGCUGGCGUUUCGAGUGUUAGCCUUUAUCAGAGCAAUUGAAAUUUUUCUGUUUAAAUUACACUGCCUUCUUAUUACAUAUACUUAUUGCAGGGCCUUCAAAGAGAUAUUAACUGCCUUAGUGAUGAUAAUAGAGGAACAAGAAAGAGAGCCCUGGAAAAGAUAACAAAAGAAGUGUUUUCAAAAGCCAAGUUUUCAGCUGCAGUACUUCAAGUUACUUUUGAAGAAAUACUUAAACCCAUUUUGAAGCUGUUCUCAGAUCCAACUGAAAAGUGUCGGGAGCUUUCUGUCCAGAUGGUUUCUGAGUAAGUCAUAGAAGUGUUUUAUGAAGAUUAAAUUAAAUUUGAAUUUAAAAGUUUUAAACUCAAAUUUAAUUUAGUGAACAUGGAAUAUCCUUUUGUUAUUUUCAAAUUACAACAGCUGCAUUUGUAUUUCUGAUGAUUUCUUCUGACUAUAUAAAACUACAGGACAGAGUAAAAUGCUUUUUGAUGAAGUUAAUUGUUUAAUCCCCUCUUAAAUGAAUCCCUCACACUGUGCUCCUCCCACUUCAAAUUGUCAUGCUACUGUUUCUCCACCAGUUCAUCAUAUGAUAUUGUUGAACAAAGAGUUGUGUAUUUUACUUACAGAGACAAUAAAACCCUUUUUCAUCCAAUUUAUUAACUUCAAAUAUACUUGCUCCUCUCUGUCAACCAUCUCAUCCACUGAAAUGGGGGAAGGGAGGGUGGGAGUUAAAAGGUCAAGCAGUAUUUAGUUCGAUGCGAGUCUUUUUCUCUGUUUAGAUUUGCAAAGCAAGUUACAGACUUAUGGUCAUUUUUACCAUACAUCAUCCCAACUGUGGUACAAAGACUUGGUCAGCCAGAGAUAGUGGAAUCUUGCGAGGAACUGAGGUUGUAUUUAGUUGAACUGCUGUGUUCUGUGACAGAGAUCUGUGGUGAAAAAAUCGGUGUAUAUAUUGAUGACAUGGUAAAGAUUCUUCAGAGAACUCUGGUUGAUCCAUUUCAUGAUGUGAGGAAGGUUAGUUUUGUCUGAAGGCUAUUUAUAGAUGCCCUUGGAAUGAAGCCCAAAGAUACUUUUGUUUACAUAAUAGAUUUUCUUUCCUGUUUGCCUUGUGAAUAGAAGAGUAUAUCUUGAAAUUAGAUCAAGAGUAGCUUUGGGCAUUUCUUAGGCAUCACGUCAGUUUUAAUGUUUUAAGGAACUCAAUUACUUUUUUUUGUAUUUGAGUUUUAAUUAUAGCAGCUAUUUCAUGAAUUGACACAAUUAUAAUCAAACAAAGAAAAUUUGUAUAGUUUUUUUCUGAAUGUAUAAUUUACACAUACUUUAACUGAAGUCAUAUAUAAUUGUGCUCAUAUAUUAUUUAAAAUAUCCACCUACCCAGAGAAUAAAAAAAUUAAAAUCUCAGUAAAUAAAAAUGUUUGUCUUAACAGUGCAUAGCUUUACAUGCAUUAAAAAAAAAAGACCCUGCUUCUAAAAAAGUGAAAGUAAACAUUUAUCCACUGGAUUAAAAUAUUGUGUUUGAUAAAUAAACACAAAACCUGACAAAUUUCUCAACAUAAAUUACAUAACAUUAUACAGUGAUGCAAACAUCAACCACAAGUACACAAUACAGCUAAUGACAUUUACAAACACUCACAGGUAAUUAACAUGUAAUAACGUGUAAUGCAAUACACAAGAAACAGUAUAACAAUAAGUUUCAUGAUAACACAUGCUGAGGGGAGGAUGCAGUGGUGUAAUGGUGAGUGGGCUUGGCUCUUGGUCAAGUCACUCUAUUGUGUUUGUGAGUCAGCCACUGUGCUCUCACACUGCUUGUUUAGAAGCACAGUUGUUAAAUGUAUAUUCAUUUGGUGAACUGCCAGGGAGACCUGACAAAAUUCUCAGGGUUACAUGUGUGGAGAUAUCUUUCUAUAAUGGACUACCAACCUAUUUCCUCUCAGACCAAUAGCCUUUUGAUGCUACAGAAACUAGAAUAACUCUGGCAGGCGAGAUGAACAACUUGGCUUGUGUUCAGACUCUGUUCAUGUAAUUUUGCAUGUUGCUUAUUGUUUUUGGUCAUUAACUUGUAGAAAGUCAUCCUAAUACUCUAAUGGUUUAGUGCAAUCUGUUAAUUAAUUUUAAACCAGGUCUUGUCUUCUUGUUCAUAGGAAAGUUGCCAUUGUACCAAUGUCUUGGCUGUGGCUGUUCCUGACCAGUUUUAUUUUCAAGCUAAUUCUCUAGUGAAUCCUCUUCUCAAGUCUCUCUCUCAUCAACACUCCAAAGUUAGAGUAUCUUGUAUACAGGUGAGAAAUAUUAUUUUACAGUUACUGCAAAAAUUAUACAGCACUGUUGUAGGUUUUUUCCUUCCCCAUACUGUAAACCUAAGUUGAUACUGUAACAUCCAACUUAUUACUUAAAUGGUGCAGGUUUUACUAGGCAUCAUUUUUCAAGACUUUUCUUUCAACAUUUGUUGAGUGGUAUCUUAGUUAAAUGGUUUUUGAUCAUCAUUUGCUGGUCAAGUGUUUUUUAAUUGUUAAUGAUGGCCUUAUUACAUACAUUUAUUUAUGAUUAUCAUAUAACAGGUCAUUUAACCCUGUAACUCAGAAAUGAUUAACAUAUAACAUCUUGUGAUUUGGUACAUUAUCUUGCCAACAGAUUAUGAGAAAUACAAGGUUUACCUUGUCCUUGAUUUCUCUUGAAAUAAAACAUAAAUUAGGUCUUAAGUUUUGAGGGGUUUCACCUCAGCAUAAGUCUAAACUGAAGGAAAAACACAGACAAUUAAAACUGUUUGUAAAGCCACAAAACUCAAUCAACAAUUGUUGGCUAAGAUAACCCAGGGUAAGUGUGAAAUCCGAUUUCAGAUCUAAAAGCUGUAAAAGAAAAUUCAGUUGAAUUCUUUUUGUCUAGAGUAUGACUAUUUGAUGCUUUAAAAAGGACACUGAAAGCUUUCCCAAAAAGGGUUUAGAGUAAAGGAAUAAAGAAACCCAGAUUAAAUUCUAACCCUGGGUUAGCGCUAAUCGGCCUUCGAACAACUGGGCCCUGAUUUAUAGAUUGGAUCAUGAGAUAUGUGAAAUAAAUUGGUUACUUAUCACUAUUCAAUUUGAUAUUAUUUUAGACCCUAGGUAUUGUUAUUAAAGGUGGUGAUGGCAAAAAUGUUGAUGAUGUGGUGUCGCAUCUUGCACAAAGAACAUUUGACAGUGCACCAACUGUAAGAACAGCAGUGACAGGUGUUGUUGGUGAUUGGCUCUUAAACCUGAGAGAUAGGUCAGUCAAAUGGUCUGUAGGAGUAAAACUUUUGACUCAAAAAAAUUUAAUACAUAUAUUCAUUAAUAUGUGAACCACACUGAGCCCCAUAUUUGUGGAUCCUGAAUAUCUUGUGCUAAUAUCUUUUCUCAAACUUUAGGCAAAGUCAUCUGAAUUUGUAUCAGACUAAUUUAGUAGUGAUAGUACUAUGAUUUUACCCUGGACAUCUUCAACAGCCUAGUCACAUACAUCCUAAAGUCUUUCAUUUGAACCAGCAUCACUGUUACUCUCACUAUCACUGUCUUUGUUAUAAUCAUAAUUAGUGUAAUCAUUAUUGGUGUUAUAAUUUUUAACUUACUAUUACUAUUUUUAGUGGAUAAAUAAAUUAUAAUUAUUGUUAUUAUGAAAUUACAAGCCAAUAUAUCAAAUCAUAAGAUGCUACUCUAAGAACUUUUGUUUCAGUUGAGAGAGUUGUAUCAUUGGGCAAGAAAAAAAAUGUACUUUUAAUAAAUAUGAUUAAAAAGAUUCUUACAACCGUAAUUGGUACAGAACAAGUUUAAACUUAGUUCUGAUAACAUGAGUAUUCAGUUUGAUAAAAUAUAUUACAUUUUCUUGUAGAUAUUCAUAUUUUCAUAAACUUCUGCCACUACUGAUGACAGGACUAUCUGAUGAGUUACCUGAUAUUCAGAGGCAGUCCAAAGUGCUCAUGAACAAGGUAUCUAAUAUAUAUGUCACAUAAUUUCUCACAAUUUCUUAAUAGAUAAUACAACAUGGUUCUACUACUAAUCAGUAGUGCAAAAAAGUGUUUUUUUGUUAUUGAAAUUUUUUUAGUGGUAAUUUAACACCAUUAAAUUAUGAAUUCAUUUCUUCACAGGUUGGUGAUCAAUAUGCUUUAGAAAAUGAGGAAGAAUUAAAGGAUAGAAUGAAUUUUGAGGAGCAAUCUAGUUACAGACUUCAAACAGGUGGUUAAUGAGUAUUUCAUAUUUAUUUAUUAUUGAAAUGAAAACCAAAUUAUAACAUUUGAUCUUACAGGGAAUGUUGUGCUUGUGAACUUUACAAGUUGGCUUUUACAGUAGAUAGAGCUCUUUAUCAUCAUUUUGUUUCAAAAGGUAUGGAUCGUCCUAGUCUAGGAUGCAGAAUAUUAGUACAAAGAAAUCUUUCCAAAAUUUUACCAGCUGCAUUACGUGAUAUGGCAGAUUGGACAACUGACACAAGAAUCAAGGUUUGUGCCAGAACUGCCUUUUUCUUGUAAAUGUCUCGAAAAUCUUCUUCAUGGCUAAUAAAACAGAAAAAAAAGAUGUUGUUGCAAGUUUGCUAGUGGAUGCAGAAAUUGUGUGUUAGUAGAAUGUUUUAUGUUUGAUGAUCCAUUACUUUCCUGAGAGUGAUUUUGGGUCAUCCUAACUAGAGUAAUGUAGUUUUUGAUCCAUGGAAAUACAUAUACACACGUUAGUGUGCUUAGAAUUGAAAUUUUUCAUGCACAUGUUUGUUAGCAUUAUCAGUUUACAUGCAAACAGAAGAGAAUGAUUUGGAAAUUAAACAUUUAUUUGAUAAAUUUAAAAAAUCUUUGUUGAAAAUUUCCAAUUGAUUAAGCACAAGCUAGUAAAAGAGAGCCCUAUAAACAUAAACUCAGGUUUCACUGAGGCCUCAGGUAUGAAUUCCACUGGAGUCAGAGAUUUUAAUAGAAAAAUGUGUAAUAUUUUCAUAAAAUUGAUUAAACAUAACCUCGCAGGGUCUAUCAGGAUGUUGGGGUAUCUUCUUGGAAAUGUCAGAAAAAAUAUUGAAAGAUCUUUGAUCUCCAUUUAUUUUUUUGGGAUAUUUGUAUACAGUUUAAAUCAAGUUCCCUUAAGUUUCAAAUUCAGAUUAACAUGCACCUGCUGCUACUGGUAUUAAAAAAUAUAUAUAUAUAUUUAAUAUGGUUUUAAAUACUAGUCAUUUAUUUUUGUCUUCUACCAGGCUUCAUCUCUGGUUUAUUUUUUACUCUUUUAUGCUGAGGAUAAUACAACUCAACACAUGGAGAUCUUGUUACAAGGCUUAUAUAGGGCUAGCCAAGAUGAAAAUGAACAAGUUGUAAAAGAGGUAACUGGAAAGAGGAUGGUUGAACUUUCUACCUGUACUAUAUGCAAGAUUCUAUACCUACAAAUGUAUUUUAAUGGUUUGGUUCAGAUAUGAGCAAAUUUGGGAAGGGUUGUGGUCCCCUAUGCUUUACAUUUGGGUGUGAAUUGUUUGUGAGUUUCUUUGGAAAAGCAGAAUAAAAAACCUUGAAAAUUUAAGAAAGUGUAAGAAAUUUAAAACCCCUUUGAGUACAAUUUUGUAUAUCGUAUUUAAUUUAUGAAAGAGAAAUCAUAAGCUAUAACAUGUGGUGAGGCUCCUCUCCCUGAGAGCACUUUGGUAUUGUAAUGAGAGGUGGAGGUAUGGAAGGGAGGAGACUUGGAUCUCUUUCCUGUUGCAUAGAAAAUGUUUCUCUGAAAUAAAGUACUCCAGCUUACCACCACUUUCAAACUGCUUUGUUGUCUUUCAUGUUGGGCUUUUUUUACCUAAACAUUUUUCUUCUCUCAAUAGGUUGUGUCAAGUGCUGAGCUUGCAGGCUGUUUUGUAGAUCCUGCACUUUUUUGUAAGCUAGUGCUACCCCAUCUGAAGUCCUCUGCAGGAAGUUCAACAACUGCCUGUAGUAGUUGUUUAAUGAUUCUAGCAGCCUUGCUAAGAGGCUGCAAUCCAGAGCUUAUUAAACCCCAUCUUAAGGUAUGGUCACUAUGGAAGUUAUACCUACUUAUCUGCUAACCACUCAGACAAAUUUUUGUUUGAGUUGUGAAUCCAUUGACCAGAUCUAGUUAAUACUGUUCAUUGUCUUAUCAUGGAUCUGUGUAGAACAGUCAACAAUUUUUGUGGGGACUUGGCAUGUAAAUGUGUCAAUCAUCAAAGUGUGGAUUGAUGUCGGAAUGAAGUUUAAUUUAUAAUUAUAUGAAAGAGAGUUUUCGGUUUUCUACUUGCUAUUAGCAGCUUGCUAUUCUUAAAAUGUUGCUUGUAAGUUGCCAACAGUCAACUGAAAGAAAACUUUCCUAGAUGAAUAAAGUAUUCAACAGACUUCUUCUUAAAAAUCAUUUUUACCUUACUCAAUGAAAUUGGUUUUAAACCUCACUGUUUGAGCUCUCUUUUAAUCUCAAGGUCUUUUAAAUCUGCCUUUACCUUUCUAGAACCACAUUGCUUUGUGUUCAUGAGAAUGAAAAGCUUUUCAAUUCUCUAAACAUUUUCUGGCAGAGUAUGCACCCAGACCCCCUUCUUGUGGAGCUUAAUAUGCCUUUGUUACUUGAAUGGUCUCCUUAGUUUGAAGUUUAAUGGACUGUCCAGUGAUUUGAUGCAUAGUUUACUGAGAUCCCUGUUUUGAUGUUUGCUUACUGUUUUCUUUCAUAGUGACACUGAAAUGGAAUCUACCUAUUUCAUUAAUUGAUAAGACAAACAAAUAUUCAAACAAAUAUUCAAACAAAUAUUCAAACAAAUAUUCAAACAAAUGAUAACCUUUGUGAGACUGUUGAAUUAGUACACGUAAUUCAGUAUGCUAAACCUGACUGAGUUGACUUUUUGUUUAUUAUGCCAGGAUGUUUGUGGCACAAUAUCCCUUGCUGAUGUCUGCUGUACAGAACAUUUAUCAUCUCAGCGACAUCUCUUGGCAACUGUUUCAGCAGUUAUUGAUAAGGCCGGUGAAGAGAGCAGUGUUCACAGCUUUAAGUUGUUUUAUGUCUUGUUACACGUCAAGGCGCUACAGCGGGAGGGAAGCCUUGAACUUGAGGUACAUUUCAUAUACUUCAUUAAUAUUCUAAAAAAGUUAACUUAGAGUUAUUUCAGCCAUCUUAACUUCCUUGUGCUUAUAAAAUUGUAAUAAAAGUCUGCUUCUGGCCCAUGCAGCCAACAGUUCACAUAGACUGAAGGAAUUUUGGCUGCUUGUUACCCUUUCUUCCACAACUGAGCUUCUCAGUAAUUUGCCAGACUCCAACUUUUUUUACCAAGGCAGAACCAGUGCAAACACAAAUUCUUGACGCCAUUAUUAACAAUGGUGGAGACACAAUUGGCAAUUGUGGAUAUAUUAAAAUUCAAACUUGGCUCAGAAACUUGGGGGAGUAAAACAAAAGAAACCAGUGGCAUCGAGGUUGAGGGACGAAUAAUUAAUUAAUUUUGUUUUAUUAUCCCUAGCCUUGGAGCCAUGUUAGAAUUUUAAUAUAUUGAAAAUGGCCUAUUAAGUUAGUUGAGAGUGGUAUUGAACAUUACAUUCACAAGAAAACAUUUUGAGCUAAAACUAAAUACAUUAGAAGAGAGAGAGUCAGAAAUAAAUUUGACUGAGGUACUUUUAGAGUCAAGCCAAGCAAGACUUGAGGUGUCUUGGCAUUUUUCUUUUCAAAGGGUUAAUAUCAUGUUUAUUUGAUUAUUCUUUAUUUAACCAGGUCAAUUCUGUUUUAACCAAACUUGCAACAGCACAGAGUUUAGCAAGUUCAAGUAAGCUGUAUGAGAAUCACAUCCAAGACUUCUUGAAAAAAUUAAAAGUAAGUAGUGUGAUGGAGAACAAGCUGUUAGUUUGGUGUUUCAAUAUUUCUUGCCCAAAUUUAGAUAAUAAUGAUUACUGUAAUUCUCACUUGAGGAAGUUGUUUAACAUUGAUAUAAAGAACAAUUUGAAAAACGUUGAUAUCUAUGAGCUAGCUCUUAACAGUGCUGAAUGCUAUAGGGGAAGCAAAAGUUGUUGAUUUUUGGUUAUAAUAGGUUAUUACAAUUUUCAGUAUCUCAAAGAAAGAAGACUUUAGACAAUAUUCUUUUGAUUUGUCCUCUGGUGUGUUUGAUGGAUUUUUUGAUGUGAUCUUCCUGAACCAAGGAAACAAUUAUAAUUAUACUGCAGUCAGUAUAAAUGAUGGCGCUAAAUGGCUUGUUCAAGACAGGAGUGAGUUGAAGUGGGGAACUAUGGAUGGGGAUUUGUGAUACUGUACUGUUUAAAGAAAAAAGAGGAAUGAUUUAACACAUUUUUUUUUCUGUUUUAGGAAAACCACACCUCUUGGACCCAUCAUUCUCCAGAGUGCUGUCUGUUUGAUGUGUUAUUGACUGACUCUGGACCAAUCAUUGGUCUGCACCUUCAGGAUGUCAUGGAGAUUUUCACUGAAUGCUUAGACAGUCAGAAAAAAGAUCCUGAACUAAGGCUGAAGUAAGAAAGCGAUUCCCACAAUAUUGAACACUACUGAGCUAGUAGUUGAAAUAAGGUCCAUACAGGCAUGAAUUUUUUUUUUCCAGACAGGCCUUAUUUCAACUACAAGCUCAGUAGUGUUCAUAAUUGCAAGGAUUGCUUCUAUAUUCAUUACUUUAACUGCAGUGCCUAUAUAUGAUUUUCAUAUGUCAUUUCUCUGAAAAUUGGAGGGUAAAUCUUUAGGUUACAGUGGAGCACUCCAUCAGUCAUGUUGGAUAACAGAUAUUCACAAUAACAGUGUCCAUUUUUAUGUUUCAAUUUUUACCCUUUGUGAUUUGCAGAAUGUUUUCACUGUUGUCGCGGCUCUUCAUGAGUGCAUCUGAAUCAGUGGAUUUACAGCAAGCUUUCAAUCCUUUCUCAGUACAAGCUGUUCAAAAACUGAUCAUUCCUAACUGUGUAUGGCAAGCAGGAAGGUAGGUGCUGUAGUAACCAAUAAAUCCUUUUUGACUUUACAUGUUCUCUUGUUGUUUCCAGGAUACAAAGUUAGUAGUGAAAGCAGUGUCAUGUCUAUGCUCUCUCACAUAGGUCAGAGUAUAUGUCUUGAAUGCUUGGGAAGGUUCCAAACCUGCAAAAAUUUCAAAAGGAGCUGCAUGAUGCAUGUCCCUUUUGUGUUGAUAGGAAUUCAUGCUUAAUUAGUGAUUUAAUGACUCAUGUUAUGAAAGCCUGAAACCUAAUUUUUUUUUUAAGAACUGCUGCUGCUGUUCGCUCUGCAGCAAUCUCUUGCCUUUGGGCUUUGCUGCAAUCCAACUUGUUGUCUUUGCAAGAUGCUGGACAAAUAAUGAAGGAUCUUCUAACUCAGGUACACAAGCUAUAGAUUUACUAUUAUAUUUCAUUUUAACACCUGAAAAAAAGAGAUUUGUUGUCCAGUAAUGGGUUAAUUGUGUGUGAGUAAAUCAGCUAUUUUGUUAGGCUUUGAUUCUCAACUUGUAGAAAUCAAAUUAAGAAAUUCUAUGUUCAUUAUGCAUGUACAUCUGGGUGAUACCAAGUAUCUCCUCAGCGGACAUACAACAUUAUGGAAACCAUUUGUUUUACUUGUUUUGUAUGAUAAAAAUAUUGAAAAGUUCAAACGGGGCAUAUUUGUGUAAUUUUUAUCAUUUUGUUCUUUUCUUUUUUUAACUUGAAAUAUGUUGUACAGAAUAUUCUGGUAACCUUUUGGGCAGUUUGAUUUACUGUUGUCCCUGACUUCUUCUAAUCUUGUCUGAGUCUCUCUUCUUCUUUGCAGCUCACCUCUUGCCUUGAUGACCACAACCAAACCACAAGACUUGUAUCUUGUAAAGCCCUCCAGAGACUCCUUAUGUCUUGUAAAGAAAGUCUUAAUGGUGGGUUGCAUCAUCUUUGUGUUGUUUCAGUUUCAGUAUUAUGGAAUGAACUGAAGAAAAAUGAUUUUUAGGCAAGCCUAUGUUAAAGAAAGAUAUGGUUUCACCAAAGGUGCUUUGGUUUCAUUUGUGAGUGUGCUGCAGUUUCCUUUUACCCUGCAUUGGUAUAACAUCUGCCUGUGACUUUUCAAAAGAUAGUACAAUUCACGACAAGUAAUUUUAAUUAUAAUUAUCCUUUUUUUGUUGUCUGAGGCAUUGUUAUAAUGUAAUUCCUUCAUUCCACCCUUGUUUAGCUGAUAUGCUUCAUCAGGUUUACCCUGAGUUACUGAAGAGAAUGGAUGAUAGCAGUGAUGAGAUAAGAAUUGUUGUCACCAAAACAUUUCUUGCUUACUUUAGGUUAGUGCAGUUGAGUUUAUACUGAAGAAUUGUAAAAUGGUUUCUGUGUUUACAUAGCCUGAUGUAAACACGCGGGAGGUUGGGAGAACACCAGAUAAGCGUAGGAAACCGCGACACAAAGCGGAGUGGUUUCCAGCUUAUCGAGUGUUCUCCCAACCUCCCAAGUGUUUACAUCAGGCUAUGUAAACAUGGAAACCAUUUUACAUUUCUUUUAUAAAAUAACUAAUGAAAGAGGAACGAAAACCGUGUUUACAUAUAUAUGCUCAUGUAAAAUGGUUUUAUGGCCAAUCUGAGUGUGCGUACUAUUUGAAUUAUUUUAUAAAACUAUAUUUAUCAUUUGUGUGAAAUACUGUGCAAAAUUAAAUGAGGUCAAUUGUAAAAGUGCAUGUCUGCCUGUAACAAAUGGAAUGUUUUUUAUGUAUUUUCAUGAACAGAUCUUUAAAGUGUAGCAGUUUAUAAUGAGGAAAGAAAUUAACAAUCUUGAGUUUAACUCAAGUUCAUUUUACUGACAUAACAUUCUGCAGCAACUCUGUCUCCUGGACUACCCUCAACAAUAUAUCACAAAUUAAACUAAAAGCACUUCUCAAUACCAUUUGUGGACAUGAACAGCCUUUAUUUUAUCCUCAUUGUCACUCUUUCAGCCAAAACUGAUAAAAUUCAGCAAUUUUAAUGGUUUGGUAGGAAUCUGUUUCCAGUCCUGUACAAGAUCAGUGUAGCAUCAUCACUGAUGCUUUACUAAAUACUCCUGGACUUGGACAAACAUUAUUAAACAAUUUUUGACCUUGUCUUUAUCAUAUUAUUCUUUUUGUUUAUCAAUUUCCCUUAGAGCAUUUCCAUCUGACUACGAUUGUGACUUAUACAAGUUACACCUUCAAGCCAUGUUCAAAGGUCUUUUAGUACAUUUAGAUGACCCUUCAGCUUCAAUACAGGUAAGUAAAUUUAUGAACACCUCUAGGUGCUAGUUUUAAAUUUUAGAGAUUCAAUAAAUGCUGAUAAAUUAAAAGCUCCUUCAAUCACCAAAAUUAUCAUCAUGUCUGUCUUCUGUCAGGACACUUCACAUAUUUCAUCACCUAUUUCUAGUCAUUGUGAUUUCCUAUAUUCCUUAACAGAACUCAAUACUGCUCAAAAUGGAGAAAAAAGCCAUCAAAUUAAAACAGGCAUCAUCAUCUAUGUUAACUUUUAAGGGCAUUUCACUACAUGUACAGAGAAAAAACAAUGAAGAUGCAUCAAAGGGUACUUUAUACACUGAGGUGCUGAAUGCAAUCAGUCAUCUCAUGAAAGAUCAGAGCCAGAAUAACAACCUUAGAUGGUGAAACUAACUGCACCUUAAAGCAAUUAACAAUUUUGUCAAAAAAAAUCCAUGGAUUGCUUUGCAGGUAAUUUAGUGUUAACAACUGAGUUGAAAACGUAAAUUAGCCAUCGUAAAGGGUAAAAAAGCUGACCUUUCGAGCGUUAGCCCUUCGCGAGAGCAAUUAAUCAAUUGAUUCCUCUAACGAAGGGCUAACACUCAAAAUGUCAGCUUUUUUACCCUUUACAGUGGCUAAUUUACGUUUUCCACUCAGAUGUUAACACUAAAUUACCUGCUAUGCUCUCCCACCAACGCAGCACCACAGUUUCUUUAGAAACUUACCCCUUUAUUCAUGGAUUGCUUUGGUUUUGCUUUACCUCAUUCUGUGAUUGAUCUAGAAAACUUGCACCAUUCUCUCAACCAAUCAGAUGCAAAUCAAACUAAAACUAAUCAUGACUUGGCUGCUACCAUUUUCCCACACUUUAGGCAGUUUGGUUGGUUUUACAGUGACUUCUCAUUGGUUGUUAAAGUACUUCCUUUCUUCUAAUUGGCUGUUUUGAUUACUUUGGUUUUAGUGUUUCAACAUUCAAUCAAAAAGUGCUUCAUUUGAAAAUGGAGUUUUGUAUACUGUACUCUUCUUAUUUUGCAGGAAGCAACGCUUAAUGUGCUAAAAGAUGCAGCAAAGGUGCAACCUUUGCUACUUAAAGAACAGGUGGAGGCUGUAAGGCAUAAACACAGAGUGGCCAGGUAGACCUUUCCUGGGUUUUCCUUAAUAUUAAGCUUGUUAACUUAAUUGCUCAACUUAUGACUUAAUGCAUGUUUCAUACUUCCCUCAAUGAAGAUCUCAGGGCAAAAGUAAACAUAACAGAUCAAAUUUAUCAAUUAAAAAUCUAGAAUGUGACCAUGUUAACAUUUCCAAAAAUUAAAAAAAUCACACCAUAAUUGUCACCUUGGAAUUUUGUGACAGAUGUGGUUGUCUUGUAUCACGACAAAACACAUUUUUUUUCUGUGAAUGUGCAACGUGCAUGUAAUUGGGAAGUGUAUCACAAACUAUAUAAAAUCAUGAACAAACUCAAAGAAUAUAUAUCCUAUUACAAGUUUUGGUGGGUAAUAUUACUGAGUAUUUUUACAAGUUGUGCUGUAUUUGACAAGCCUGUAGGGCAAGUCAAAAUAAAAACAAAGAGUAAAAAUACUAAGCAAUACAGCACACAAAAACAUCUAAAAUGUGUUAUUUGUUAUCCAACUGCUUUUUCUAUGCUAAGUGUUUCUAAUCAUUUUUCAUAUGGCAAGAAAAGCAAAGCGAAUAGAGAAGCAUAGCACACACUGCUUACUGGUUAAACAGGUUCUCUUACAUUAUAAUAUAACCAACUGUAUAAUAUCACAGGCUAUUUGUUCUCUAAUCAUGCUUUAUUUUUACUCUACUUUGUGAAGUUGGAAAAUAAGGGGAUGUUAUGAUCUGGCAUGCAGAAAGACAGUUGAUUCACAAAAGGGGAGACCAGAAGAUGUUCUGUAUAAGCCCAAUCAUUCAUACACUUGUAAAGCCACUCAUUUUUUUCUCAAAAAGCUAAACUAAUGCUUUUCAACUCUUUAGGUACUGUGAGGAAUUAAUAAACCACUGUCAGGCAGCAGUGUGA